AUGGAACUGAUGCAUGAUCUCGAGAAAUCGUUAUACGAGUCGGAGUCAGCGGUUAUUGAUCACGAAGUGGAAGCGUUGCCAACGAAGAUUCAUGUACAGGAGACGGUGCAUUAUCUUGAGCAUGAAUACGAUCGUUCAAUGCCUGUGUGUGAUGAAUAUGUGCAAAUUGUUUCUCAUCGACAAGAUGCUGGAGAUGCUUCCGCGGCUGGAAUCAUUGAAGAGGCUACUACUAAGACUGUGACUGUAACUGUUGGUGAAACCGUAGCCGACCGUGAUUUGGUGAAGGAGACUGAACCCUCUAACGCGCAAAGCACCCAGAUUGUUGUUGUUGACGUUAAUCCUUGCACGGAAAACAAACCUAAAUUACGGGAGAGCGACACCUGGGAGAAAGAGUUCGUUGUCGCCAGUGGAUCGACAGCUUCCGAGAUCUCCGAAUCGCUUGAGGAGUUGCAUGCUUCUGUUGCUCAUGAAUUUAUUCGCGAAGUUGAGGGCGUCGGAAUGAAUGACAAAGAGAUCUGCAAAGCGAUUAUUUUCGGAAAUAAGGAUGUGGCAACUUUGCCCAGCACAGAAGUCGUGGCACGGUCGCGCGACUAUAAA